CAAUCUCAAGGUUGCAGAUUGUCCGCUGUUUUUGAUUUGGAGGUCACGUUCCUUCGUAAACAUGAAUGUCAGGAAUGCUAGACCAACUGAUUUAUUAAACAUGAGAGAUUGCAAUCUAGAUUGCUUGCCAGAGAAUUAUCAAAUGAAGUACUAUUUCUAUCAUGGUUUGUCUUGGCCGCAACUAUCAUAUGUAGCAGAAACAGAUAGUGGGGAGAUUGUUGGCUAUGUCCUAGCAAAAAUGGAAGAAGAUCCAGAAGACGUCCCUUAUGGACAUAUUACUUCGUUGGCUGUUAAGCGAUCGUAUAGACGAUUAGGGAUUGCUCAAACGCUGAUGAAUCUGGCAUUAAGAGCUAUGGUAGAAAAUUUCCAUGCAAGAUAUGUCUCUCUUCAUGUUCGGAAAAGUAAUAGGGCUGCACUUGCUCUCUACAAAAAAACGCUACACUUCGUAGUGUCAGAUAUAGAACCUAAAUAUUAUGCUGAUGGUGAGGAUGCGUACGCUAUGAAGAGGGACCUUAAGACUUUAUGGGAUAAGUAUGGACCUUCAGAUAUUCCUUUCAAAGAAUCAAAGAGCAAAAAUACCCAAUAAAUAUAUCUUAACGAGUCCUUAUAAUCUUCUUAAUUUGCUUUAAUCAGUCCAAGCAAUCGGCUUUUGAUCUACAAACUACUGUUCAUAAAAAUGUAUCGGAAUACAAGCAAAACUACUGCUUUAAAAUAUUUUUGCAAAAUAUUCAAUGAUAUACCUCAACUUAUUACAACUACAGUAAAACUGCAUUUUAUCUCUCCUUUCGUACUGAAUAAAAUCACAUAUAGAUAAGAACCGACCUGGCUUACACCGGUCUUAACUCAACUCAUAAAGGAUUCAAUAGUCGAACAGACUACCAAAGAUAGCUUCUACUCCACCCAGGAUCCCUAAGCCAACAUCGAGGUAGUAACAAAUGGAUCAAUGUGACCUCUCCCCAUUCUUUACUCAGUUAUCCCCGAGGUAACUUAAACCUUAAUCCAAUAGGAUCACAAAAAAAAUGAAACAAAUUUAUUUACCCCAAACUAAAUUUACUUUAUAUAAAGAUCUCGGGGUCUAUCUAUUAUUUUAAAAACCAAC